AGUCAAGCCCAAGCCCAGUCAAGCCCAAAGUCUGACCCCUGACGGGUGCUGACGGGUAUUAAAAAUUCACGUUUUACGAAAUUUUUGUUCAAUUCCUUGAUAAUUUAUUUCAUUGUUGCUACGUUUUUUUUUUUUAAUAUAAGAUAAUUGUAGAGCUGCUCCAAAAUGGGGAAACGCCAACAUCAGAAGGAUAAAAUGUAUUUGACGUACACGGAGUGGUCGACGUUGUACGGCGGAAGGAAGUCGGGGACGAAUCUGGAGACGAGCGAGGAGAAGACGUUCAGGCGGCUGCCGUAUGACCAUUGCUGCUUGUCCCUGCAACCCUUUGAGCACCCUUACUGCGACCCACACGGCAAUGUGUUUGAGUUGGAGGCUAUCUUGCCGUACAUAAAGCAAUACAAGCACAAUCCUGUAACGGGGAAACCGUUGGAUGCCAAGAGUCUGAUCAAACUAAACUUUUAUAAGAAUUCAGAGGACGAGUACCAAUGCCCUGUUCUUUUUAAAUUGUUUACAAAACAUUCACAUAUAGUUGCUAUUAAAACCACAGGAAAUGUAUUCUCCUAUGAGGCUGUUGAGCAGUUAAAUAUAAAAACUGGAAAUUGGAAAGACUUGAUAAACGAUCAGCCGUUCACUCGCAAGGACAUUAUCACAAUUCAGGAUCCAAAUAAUGCAAUGAAAUUCAAUCUGUCUACGUUUCAUCAUAUUAAAAAUAACAUAAGAGUGGAAGACGAAGAGACUGUGAGAGAAAGAAGCAAUCCAAAUGCAAAAUUAAAAACUGUAUCGGCAGAGACUAAGGAUAUUCUAGAGGAAUUGGAAAGGGAUUACAAGCCAGCAAAGAGUAAUGAGAAGGAUGAGGCAUCUACGCAGAAGGCUGACAAAUUUAAUGCUGCACAUUAUUCCACUGGUGCGGUUGCUGCAGGAUUUACUUCGACGAUAAUGCCAGCGGAGACUACUCAUCAGGCAGCCGUAAUCGCGGAGGACUUGGUGCGAUACGAGAGAGUCAAGAAGAAGGGUUAUGUGAGAUUUCUUACGAACUUUGGGGCUUUAAAUCUGGAACUUAACUGCGAUCUAGUACCAAAAACGUGCGAAAACUUUAUGAAGCACUGCCAGAACGGUUAUUACAAUGGCACGAAGUUCCACAGGUCGAUACGAAAUUUUAUGAUCCAGGGCGGUGAUCCAACUAAUACGGGUAACGGCGGGAAGUCUAUUUGGGGCAAACCAUUUGAAGAUGAGUUCAAGCCGAAUCUAGUUCAUCAAGGCAGAGGCAUCCUCUCCAUGGCAAACUCGGGUCCAAACACCAACGGAUCUCAAUUUUUCAUCACGUUCCGAUCGUGCAGGCACCUCGAUCGCAAGCACACAGUCUUCGGGAAGAUCGUCGGAGGCUUGGACACGUUGAACGCGAUGGAGAAGGUUGAAGUGGACAAUAAAGAUCGACCGAUAGAGGACAUAGUUAUACAGAGUAUCCAGGUCUUCGUGGAUCCCUUCCAGGAAGCCGACGAUCAGCUGGCCGCGGAACGAGUCGCCGAGGCGGAACGAUUGGCACAAGAAGCGAGUCAGAACAAAUCGGCGAAUAAAACGGACAGAAAUGACACGCAAAAAGUCUAUCGAUCGGGGAUAGGAAAAUAUGUCAAACUGGAGCAGGAGAAAUUGGACAAGUGGGAUGGAAACGUGGAGCCUGCCACAAAGAAGAAGAAGGUCUCGUCGCAGUAUGGAGAUUUCUCCUCCUUCACUUUUUAAUGAAUUAUUCAUAGGAAUAAUUAAAAUAUGAAGUGUAUAUAGCACAUGUACAUAAUCUAGUUUACUGUAUACAACUUUCCUGGUAGUUUGUCAUAAUCCUCUGGCAUAUCCCCAAAUCCUUAUUGAAGAGACGAAAAAUUGAAUAAUACACAGCUAUUGUGACAGAAAA